AUGGAUCAAAAGGAAGAAAGCGAGCGCCCUGAGGGCAUACGGCACGUUCCUUUGGAUGGGCCGAUGAAAGAAGCCCGAAAUGGAUGUCGUUUGGCCUCACCGAAACUGCCUCGACUGCCAUUCGGAAAGCAACAUCAGGUCAACAAGUUCUACAAACAACAGUGUGAUCUGCUGGAGAAUUAUGAGAACGACAGUCGGCAGAUUUAUGUGGGUAUUUUUGAGGAGGAUUUGGUUUUGUUUUUCGAAGAAUUAUCCAUGAGGUUGGGUGUGGAAGAAAUUGAAAAAUUGAGGAGAAUUAUGUUAUCCACCAGGUUAAUGAAGAAAUUUUUAUAUUUAAACGAUUUUUUGGUGACAAGGGGUUAUUUUUUUAUUUGUAACGGCUCUUUUAAAGUCCGAGGAGUAUUUCUGCUCUAAAAUUUACCGUUUUUUUGUUCAGGACAAUCGUCAACGUCGAUCCGUUCGUCUCCAACCAGCAGAAGCUCAAGAACAACAGCAGCGUCUAGCCCAAUGCUCAGAUCAGCCAGAUGAUAAUCCCGAGACUCACCUCCUAAACGAAGAUGAGCUUGUUUUAUGUGAACAGCCAGAUGGAUGUCGCGAUGAGACCCAUCGUCGUUCUCUGACCAACAAUUCCCGUCGGGUGCACCCGGUCCCGCGGAUAAAUUUAUGCAGCAGGUAAGCGGCUAAAAAGUAGCAGGAAAUGCGUUUAUUCGGUGAGGGAACUUAUGAUAAGCCGCACCAGCAAGCGUCUUUGACGUUGGCAGCCCGAAUUCGGAACGCUUUCUGUCAUACGACUUUAUUUUUGGGGAAUCAUGGCUAUAAAGAGCGAUUGUUCAACGAAAAAGUCAAUGUUCCCAGCGACAUUCAGGGCUUAUGGUCUGUGGUACAAUAGAAAAUCGCCGACUCUUCCGAACACUGCGGAGUAUAAAACCUGGAGAAGGUUGCAAGCACUCCUCCCUUUCGAUUUGUAUUGAUUUAGAUGGCUCUUGAAAGAAACGUUUUGAAAAUUAAAAUUUUUUGAAAACAGAACUAAGAUAGGUUAGAGAAGAGUAGAAUAAACUAUUGUAUACGGUGUGGGGGAGUAUAAACUUACUUUUGCAACGGAGUUUAGCGAGUUGUUUGACCUGGAAAUUACUCGGUAAACUAAAAUAAUGUUUAUGAUUUGUGGUUUUAAUUUGAUUAUAUAUUAGAUGUUCUUGACCUUUCCUGAGACGAUUUUAGCGGUCUUUUCCCAAUUUUCGUUCUUUAGUCAUUUGUUUCUUUUGUUUCCUCAACUAAUUUCAUCAAUUUCCGUUAUUUUUUCUGUCAAAACUUUAGAAGGUUUAAUAGAUCUCCUUAUCAAAAACUAGUUGAUGGAAAUUGUAAGCGGUUAUGAAAUUUUUUAGAUAGUUGAUCACCUGUUCCUCUUGUUUUGAUAGAUUAAAAGCCCUUAUUUAUACCAUUAGACGACCUCAUUUUUAUAUUGUUAUCGAGCUGAUGAAGGAAAUAAGAAAUCGAGAGUUCGUUGCGAAAAUAACCCCAAGAAAAGUUUCCUUUUUUGAUCUUCAGCGAGCUCCAGAUCAGAGUGAGACGGGUCGGUUGCGCUCAAUUCGCUGGAUAUUUGAUGGUCUCACCUUAUUUUAGUUGAAUUUGAUAAAUCUUUGGGCUAAAAUAAGAUGACCAAGAAGGUAGGAGUGAGAACCAAGGUUUUUACAGGGUAAGAAAAGGAUUUAUAGACAGAAAUGGGAGAGAAUUUAAAAUUUUUGAUGUGAUUUCGAUAUAAAUCUGCCUAAUUUCAGCCAAGAUGACCUUCCCGCUGCAAACAGUCCCGAAGAUGAGGGCAAAUCGAACAGAAAACGGGCUCAUUACUUGGCCAUCAUAACGCUACUCGUCAACAUCACCUUGGUUCUUGCCAAAGGCACAGCUUCCUACCUCUCCGGGUCUUUAUCCAUUCUAUCAUCUCUGGUCGAUUCCUUGGUCGAUAUCACAUCCGGAUUGGUCAUUUGGCUAACAUCAAGAGCCAUCCGAAAACACGACCCAUAUUUAUAUCCAGUGGGACGAACAAGACUUGAACCAGUGGCUUUGGUAAGCGAUUUUUUGGAUAUAAUUCAUGAGAUCUGAUGGUAAAUAUAAUUUUUUUAUGGGUUUAGGUGAUUGUGAGUGUGGUAAUGGCUGUGGCAAGUGUUCAAAUGAUAGUAGAGUCUACAGAAUCCAUGAUUAACAACAGUAUGCAUCCACAUGUUGACUUACCGACCAUCGGCAUCAUGAUUGCCACAAUCAUCGUCAAGUUUAUAUUGUUUUUGGUCUGUCGGACGUAAGUUGCUUGUUUUGAAGUAUUGUUGGCGGUUUGAGAGAUGUGUCUACCAUUUUGUUUUUAGACAAUCAGACCCAUCCAGUCAGGUCCUGGCCAUGGAUCAUCGAAAUGAUUGCUUUUCGAACACGGCCGCUCUUCUUUGCGCUUUUGGCGCCCAACAGUGGUGGAUCUACUUGGAUCCAAUCGGAGCGAUCGCUGUUGCCAUCUACAUUGCAACGACUUGGUUUAUGACCGGAAGAGAACAGCUGAUACGGUUGAGCGGGAAAACGGCCGAACCGGAUUUCAUCAAUAGGGUCAUCAAGGUAAAAUUUUUCAAUUUUCUUCGGUUUUUGGGGUGUUAUCGUGAAGUGGGCUGUGGAAAAUAACGGUUAGAUAGGAUAGCGUAUUUCAUAGGCAUUUUUUUGGAGAUGGGUGCUUUUGAUCUGUAGCGAAAUUUUAAAAUAUAUUGAGGGAUGCAAAGAUUUAUUGAGAUUUUUAUUGUGGAUGCCUCCCUGGUUAUAGAUGAAGGUGUAGUGUACCUUCUAACCUUCUUUUCCCACCCCCAUCACUUUCGAAACUUCGUAAAAACGACAUGCACCGUAGACGUUGUUUUCUGGCAUCCGAAUGAUUUGUUUGCAUUUAUUCCACUCCCAUCCCCACUCAAUUAGGAAUCUGCACGACCCGCUAAAUUUAACCGUUGGCUGAAGCUUCAGGAAAGUCGGGAGAUAAACGAGUUACCAAGGAAUUAAUGAAUUUCCGGGUCGCUGAGCCGUUUCCCGAUUUCUGGUCCCAUGGCACGGUUUUAGGGCGGAAACGGAUUAUAUCGUAAAAUUAGAUCAAAUUUAGAGCUGUUUUGACUUGAAAUUAGAGUUCUUGCACAAAAUCCUGCACUCCGGUAGACAAUAUUGUAGUAGACGGAGCUGUUUGGAUUAGAAUAUAUGGGUUUACGGUUGUUUUGACUGAGAUUGCGGAAUUUUGUAGACGUCGCUGCAUCUUGAUUUGUGGGUUGGGUUAGUUCUUUGCUCAGUUGAGCUAGUGAACUUGACUUUUUUUAAAUCUUAUCCAUGGCAUUGGAGAUUAAUGAAUUCAUAAAGUUGGUGCUUAUCUCGAAUCAUCUAGAGAAGUCUGCAUUUCUGAACCAUUAAAAGUCGUAAUGAAUAAAAGCAUAAUGAAUUAGUUGGGGUCGAUACGAGGAUUACACUAAUAAAUUAUAUUGCACUCGACAUCAGAAUUGAAACACUGAAAAUUAAAAGCUCGCCAAACAUUACUGUGGAAAAUGAUGUAGUCCAGUAAUGUUAUUCAAAAAGUAAUCACGGUUUUUAGGUGUGCAUCGACCAUGAUUACCGCAUCGAUUACAUAGACACGGUCUAUGUUUAUCACUUUGGAACCCGUUUUCUGGUCGAAGUUCAUAUUGUUCUGGAUGAGAAUAUGCGCCUCAAAGAAGCCCAUGACAUUGCAGAGAGCCUUCAGAAUGCCAUAGAGAGUUUGGAGGAGGUGGAACGGGCUUUUGUUCAUGUUGAUUAUGAGUUUGAACACAAGGCCACGGAUGAACACAAAAUACCCGAACCUUAA